AUCGAUCUUUGCUGGGAUUCGACGCAUAUCGAUCGAUCGCCCCGAUCAAUCACGUUAUGGUUGGCUUCUCUGCUUACUGCGAUCGAUUAGGGUUUGAAUCCGAGGAGUGAUUAAUCUGUGGACUGAAAUGGAGCAAGAGAGCAAGAAGCGAGAGGGGAAGGAGAGAGAGUUCCACUCAGCUAACUCUCCUAUCUUCUGCGCCAAUAACUGUGGCUUCUUCGGAUGCUCAACUACGAGCAAUCUCUGCUCAAAGUGCUAUCGCGAAGCGUUUCUUAGCAAGUCGAAGACCUCGAUUGAAACGAUCAUUGCGCCAGCUGUCGCUGAGGCGGAGGUCGAGGAUCGUGAUGUGGUGGAGACUGUUAAUAUGUCGGGAAAGAAGCCGGCCAAUCGGUGCGGUUCCUGCAACAAAAAGGUGGGCCUGAUGGGAUUUAAGUGCCGCUGCGGAGAUGUGUUUUGUUCUGUUCAUCUGUACUCCGAGAAGCACAAUUGCGUGUUUGAUUACAAGGGAGCUGGGCAGGACGCGAUUGCGAAGGCGAAUCCUGUCGUGAAGGCGGAUAAAGUGGAUAAGAUCUGAGCGUCUGUGAGAAAAGAUGAAUCA